ACGUUAGCUUGAUUUUGUCGUUGAAGCGGGACUGUAGACACCACAGCUGACAGUUCAGGGGGGGGGCUGAGUUAGGUUAGUUACCUGACAACUUUCUGUUGGACGCCCAGUCGUCAGUCGGUCUGUAUUCACUGCUCAUCACUGCUGGAGGGCAAAUACUUUAUGAAUCCGACAAAAAAGACUCUUCCACCGGGACCAUGCCGAAAUUAUCCGGAGCGACACUUUGCCUUUGUUUGUUGACGGUGUUGGAGACAGCUGUUUUCCUGGGGACUUGCUCACCGGCUAACGUCAAGGGUUUAGAUGAGGAUGCUUUCACCAUCCAGCACUCGAGCACAGGGAUGUGCCUGGGCACAGGGGACUCAACAGACCUGAACCUCACCAAGUGCGACGCAAACAGCAGGUCCCAGCUGUGGAAGUGGGGUUCAUCCCACCGGCUCUUCCACGUGGCCACGUCCUAUUGCUUGGGGUUGGAUGUACGCUCCAAGACGCUGACCCUGGUUGACUGUGGCGCCAACAUCAUGCUGUGGUGGCGCUGCCUAGAAGAGGCUGUUUUCACUGUUUAUCAGAUGGGCUUGGCAGUCAACGAAGGCAAGGUUGUAGCUAAACGGGACACUAAUGAUUCUUGGGUAAGAGGAGGUUCCCAGGACAACAUCUGCCAGAGGCCGUAUCGUGUUGUCCACACAAUGGGCGGGAACUCUGCCGGUGAUCCCUGUCUUUUCCCCUUCAAAUUCAAUGGCAGCUGGUAUCACGAAUGCCUCCCUGACACAGAUUUCCCUGGACUGUCUUGGUGUGCCACCUCCUCGGACUAUGAUCACGAAAAAAAAAAGGGACACUGUCUAUUACCUGAGGAAGGAUGCCAGGCUCUGUUUGCUGGGCCAGAAGGGGAAUUCUGUUAUGAGUUUGUUUCUGAUGCCACGGUGACCUGGCACAAAGCUUUGGACUCAUGUCGUAGUCAGGGAGCUGAUCUGUUCAGUCUGGCUGAGCCCGUCGAUCUCCACUCCAAAACCUUACUGGACGGCCUUGGAAGAAUGCCUGGAAGGAUGUGGAUCGGCCUUCACCGGUUAGAUGCGUCCCAGGGCUGGCAGUGGUCAGAUGGUUCCCCUCUCUCCUUCCUGCGCUGGGAAAAAGGAAUGCCACCCGCCUCUGCAAUUCUUGAGUCGGACUGUGGAGUCCUGAACUCAAAACAGAACUUUGAGUCUGAGGCGUGCAACAAACGGCUGCCAUACAUCUGUAAGAAGAGUGUCAAUGCCUCUCACACUGAAAAAGCUGAGCCUUUUGUGUAUAAAGAAACAGUUUGUGCAGAGGGUUGGGUCCCAUGGAAUGGCUUCUGUUACAAGUUAGAGAAGGAUGAGCCUCAAAGCUUUAGUGACGCCCAACAGCAGUGUAACAAAACAGCAGGAGAACAAGAAGGCUUUCUGGCCAGCCUCCACUCCAUUGACAGCAAAGAGAUGAUCAGCACCAAUUUCCAUGCAGAUGGCCAGUUUUUGGAUGUGUGGAUCGGUCUGGUCGGUAUCACCCUGAACCACACUUCCUUCAACUGGAUAGACAAGGUACCCGUCACCUUCACUUACUGGGGACCAAAUGAGCCAGUCCAACCCAGUCAGGAGCCCAGCUGUGUCUUCUACUCUGGAGAGUCUCACGGUUGGCGGGUCGGGAACUGUACACAGAGGCUGCCUUUUAUGUGUCAGACCAAAGGGGAGGUCAGGGAAACAGUGACACAGCCUGGGUGUAGCUUUGAAGAUGGUUGGAGGAGACAUGGCAACUCCUGCUAUCAAGUGAACACCAAACAAGUAUCCUUCAAAGAUCGCUGUAACAUCAUGAUACGAAACAGGUUUGAGCAGGCCUUUAUCAACCGUCUACUUGGAGAGCAUAUCAGCAUGGAAACUCAGUAUUUUUGGAUAGGACUGCAGAACAUUAAGAACACAGGAGAGUACCGGUGGCUGAGCCAGGAUGGAUCCACAGAUUUGGUUACAUACACCAACUGGGGCUGGUUUGAACCAGAUCAACAUGGAGGUUGUGCUGUGAUUUCAACCGCACAACCGCUGGGCAAGUGGGAGGUGAAGAACUGUACUAUUUUUAAGGCCGGCACCAUUUGUAGAAGAGACCUCAGUCCACCACCACCCCCAGAACCAGAGCCCAACCCUAAUGCAACCUGCCCUAAUGGAUGGGUGUCCAGAUCAAACAUCAAAUACUGCUACAAGGUGUUUCAUGAGGAGAGGCUGAGCAGGAAGCGCUCCUGGGAGGAAGCCGAGAGGUUCUGUCAGGCUCUGGGAGCCACCCUGUCCAGCUUCACAAAUAUGGCUGAGAUGAGAGCCCUGCACAGCAUCAUGAGAGAAUCCAUCAGUGAUAAUCGGUACUUCUGGGUUGGCCUGAACAGGAGAAACCCAUCUGAUCGCUCCUGGGAGUGGAGUGAUGGUCGGCCUGUAUCUAUGGAUGUUUUACACUAUGAUUUCCAGGAGGAUGAUGCAUACGAUCGAGACUGCACAGCAUUCAAGACAACAAAGAGCAGCUUGAGACAUAUUUUUGUGUUACUGCAACAAGAGUUACUUCCUGCACCUUUCUACGCCACACCAUUUCACUGUGAUGCCAGGCUAGAGUGGGUCUGCCAAAUACCGCGGGGAAAGACACCAAAAAACCCUGACUGGUACAAUCCCGGUGGACACCAUGAGACCUCUAUCUUCAUAGAUGGAGCAGAGUUUUGGUUUGUUCAGGAGCCCAAGCUAGCUUUUGAGGAGGCAAAGCUCUUUUGCAAUGCAAAUGACAGCAAACUGGCUUCACCACGUAGCUCCACGGCUCUCACAAAGAUCCACCAGUACCUAAGAAAUAUAUCAAGUUCUCCUAAGCAAAACUGGUGGAUCGAUAUGCAAGAGCCUGGGUGGAUAUUCCCCAUGACGUACACCCAGAUGUUCUAUUACCAUUCAGCUUUCCUGGGCAGAUGCAUUACCAUCAGUCCCAAUAACAUCUUUCCAGAGAAUGAUCUCAGUUGUCUGCAGCGGUUGUCCUUUGUGUGUGAGAGACACAACAUCACAUCGGUGGAGAUAAACCCUCUGGAGCCUCAGCCUGGAGGACUGCCCUGUGGAAAUAAAUCUCUGUCCUUCAGAAAUAAGUGCUACACACUGAGAUCAAGCUUGAAGACUCUGUCAUUCAAGUACGCCAAUGAUAAUUGUCAAUCAGUGAGAGGAACCCUGGUCUCAAUAUCAGAUCAGGUGGAGCAAGACUUCAUCACCACACUUUUGCCAAGGAUGAGAAACAUGGAACGGAUAUGGAUUGGUCUGAAGAUCAAACACAAUGACCCUGAGUGGGUGGACCAGUCCCCAGUUAACUACCUCAACUUUAACCCCCUGCUUCUGGGCAUGCACAAGGCUAUACACAUCAGUCCAUGGGAUCCAGAGAGUAUGGAUCUGUGCGUGUUUAUGAUCAAUAACCAAGACUCUGCCAUGCUCGGUACCUGGGACUAUUCCUCCUGCACACAAUAUCAAAGUUUGGCCAUUUGCCAACACUAUGCAGAUAAAGUGGAGGAGCCCCGUGUCAACACAGAGCCCUUUGACGUCAAUAACCACACCAUCCAACUGCUUGUCAAAAAUCUCACCUGGUUUGAGGCCUUAGAGCAGUGCAGGAGUAAAAACAUGGACCUGGCGAGUGUAGCCGACACCUUCCUCCAGUCCACCCUCACUGUGCAUGUGAGCCGUGCACGCAUUCCGAUGUGGAUUGGCCUCUUUAGCGAAGAUGAUGGGAUCCACUACCGCUGGACUGACCACAGUCACACCAUAUUCAGUCGUUGGUCUUCUGAUGUCACCAGUGGCGCUUGUGUCUACCUAGACACCGAUGGCUUCUGGAAAACCACUGAAUGUGAAGAGGAGCUGGGAGGUGCUAUCUGCCAUAAACCACACAAGGAGAUCAUCACCACACCAGAGGAUGUUGCAGUGAAGUGCCCCCAUAAGAUUAACGGUCCGAACUGGAUCCCCUUCAAGAACAACUGCUACUCUUUCCAGCUGGUUGCCUCCAGAUGGGAACAGUUUGACCAAGGACAGAUUCAUGAAACCUGCAAAAAACUUCAUCCAGAUGCAGACAUCUUAACAAUCCGAAAUGCAGAGGAGAAUGAGUUCAUCAAGCAGCAGCUUCUGCCGUUUCAAACAUUAGCCCAGUUUGUUUGGUUGGGGCUGUUUAAAGAUGGCAACGAUAACCAGAUGAAGUGGUAUGAUGGUACAAAUGUCCAGUACUCCAACUGGGCAAACGGCAGACCAAAUGUACAAAAACCAUUCUUGGCUGGUCUCAUGACUGACGGCAGCUGGCUUUUCCUUUCAAACGAAAGGGUUUUUGCAGAGUUCAAACAAAGGACCAUUGUGACCUGCAAACUCGACAAUGAACCAAAGCAUGAGUACAACAAGUCAGCCAUGAAUUUUCAACGCUAUGGCAACUUAACUUACACGGUUGUGACCCAAAAGUUGAGUUGGUACAAGGCUCUGGAAGAGUGUGAUCAGCGUGGAGGCCACCUGGCAAGUGUCCAUGACAUCCAGCACAGCACACAUCUGAAUCUCAUUGCCAAGACAGACGGCUUCCCACUCUGGAUCGGCCUAUCCAGUCAGGAUGUUAACGGUUCAGUCUAUGAAUGGUCUGAUGGAACAAGUUUUGACUACAAAGCCACCAUAUCUGACUCAAAGAAGGUCUCCAGCUCAGACAAACAGGAGGCCAGCUGUGUUUUUGUAACUCCUGUCGGAGCCUGGGUGAGGACCAGUUGCAAUACGCUGGUAGACGGAGCCAUCUGCUACACCACCAACAUCACCACCACUUCCCAGAGAGCCAGACUGCUUCCUGCCCCAGAGGCCAAUCACUGCCCUCAGAACAAUGGUAUUUCCAAGUGGGUGCAGCAUGAGGAUCACUGUUUCGCCUUCAACAUGAGCCUCUACAACUACAGUGUCUACACUAUGGAACAGGCCAAGAGCAUCUGUCAGAGCAUGGAUGCUGAACUGCUGACCAUAAAAAACAAAGAAGAGAACGACUUUGUGUCAAAGUACAUUUCUGAAGACCCUCUCAUUACCAGUCGUGUAUGGCUCGGCAUGAACUUAAAUAAUGAAGGUAAGCCUGUAUCCUGGCAGGAUGGCUCAGCUCUGGUUUAUUCUAACUGGAAGUUGGGGGCCUCGGUUACCGGGAAGACAUCAGCACCCCACUGUGCCGUCAUGAUGGCAGGAGAUGAAGGAAUGUGGAAUUUUGCCAGCUGCAAGGCUAACUACAGUCGUGUUGUCUGCAAAACUGAAGCAAAGUCUGCAGGCUCUCCUGUGGCGCUGGGUCUCUUUAUUGUAGUCCUCCUCGCACUCCUUGCAGCCAUCGGCUUUGUCAUCUAUAAGAAGAAAAGAGCCCACUUCUCUUCAACGGUCCGCUACGAGAGGACCUUUGAUGAGUCAGACACCACCAGUAUUAUAACAGAUGCUGACUGAGCUUGCGUAAGUAAUCAGCCUCAGGGAGUAUUGAUGUGCCUGAUGAGCAGAUGCCGCCUAUCUCCUUUUUUAAAAUUAUUUAUUUGUCCUGCUCUAACUAGCAAACUUCCUAUGGUUAUGUUUGAAAUUGUAAAUAUUGUUUGUGAAUAUCUGCCAAUGCAGUUUCUUGAUUUGGGUUAUUUUAGAUCCUUGUGUUUAUACCUAAUGUAAAUACUCACGCUAGUUCUGUGUGGUGAAUGUUGGUUCCUGAAAUUAAUGGAAUGUUUCAGUUAGUUUAGGUUUUUUUUUUUUUUUUUAAGAAAAAAGAUUUUGAGUCGAGAAAUCUCCAACUUGACAGAAUCUGUCUUAUCACUCCCAUUCAGCCUUAAAAAGUCAAAUUGCACUGAUGGAAGAUUUGCUCCUAACUAUCAAAAACAAACUGUGCAGUUAUUUAUUUAUACAAUUUAUACAAACUAUUCCUAAUUCAUUCUUCAACUUCAGAAGGUUAGACAGUUCACCUGAAAAUAUAGUAAAACCUAUUUUUGUUUGAUUUUAAGUGUCCUUCUUUAAAUAUUAACGAUACUGCCCAGACCUCACAGAACAAUUUUAGAGGUUGUUUUCUGCCAAAGUAUGCCCUAUAAGAAACAGGUCUUUGCCUUUGACUAAACAGGAAAAUUUUGUAAUGGAUAAAAAUCUCACUGGUUGUGCCUUUUAACAUCAUUGAGUUUUUAAGCCACUGGAUAGGGUUUUAAUUCAUUUGACUUAGUAAUACUUAAAAAUAUGUUUUAGUUGUCAAUGUAUAAAUGAUGAAAGAGAAAAAUCUGAAUUUUUAGUUCUGCUGAUUAGCUUUAUCACACAGUCUUAGCCUCAAACUGAACCCGAUGCCUGUUUGUAUAAUUAGUUUUUUUAGAUCUGACUUUUCUAUGCACUUAACUACUGAGAAUGAACGCACUUUAAUAUGUUGAGGAGCUAUAGUUCCUUCUAUGUUUAAGCACAAUGAGGUUUGAAGAGAUUUUUUUUUUUUUUAUAGAUGUUUGAAUUGCACUGGUGUUUGCUGUAAAGGCUUUGUAAAUAUGUGAUGUUUGUUUUCAUAACAAGAAUGAACCAAAGAUGCUCUGACUCCUCUGAAUGUCAAAAGCCUGAGCUUCAGUCCGGCUUGUUAACCCAUUCAUACCAGGAUGUAAACCAAAUGUCAAAGGUGUUUUUAGUUUUUAGUUUUUAACUUUCCCAUCAAUCCUAAAAAGAUCUAUCAGCUCAAAUCAGGUACAGUAGCCUUCCAAUAAAAUUACCUGUCUUCAAA